GAAAAAACGUUGAGAUGUGCAUCUGGGGUGUUUAUGUGAACUCUCUUCCAGACCACUCUCCCCAGUCCCAAUAAAAAAUAAAUUAACAAAAGCUCUUUGUAAGAAGACAAUGCACACCGUCUACUCAGUACUACCCUAAAAAAUCACCCCUUCACUCCCCCACUCGCCCAGUUGCCCCAUCUUUCAUUCAUUCAUUUGCUCUCUCUCACCCUCCUGAGAAGGUUUUCCUUCCUCUCUUUCUUUCUACACCCAUCUAGAUUUCUGAGUUUCAACCAACUUUGUUCAAUCACCAUUAAUAUCUCCUUUCUGGGCUUUCUUGUCCCCCCACUCUUGCUGCAAUCAUGGCUCUCUUAGUUUUUCUAGCGCUUAUCUUGGCCAUGACUGGUCACUCUGCUGCAAAUUGGUGUAUCUGUAGGAGUGAUGUGAGUGACUCUGCCCUUCAGAAGACAUUAGAUUACGCUUGUGGAGCUGGAGCUGACUGCACGCCUAUCCUUCAAAAUGGGGCUUGCUACCAACCCAACACUGUAAAGGCCCAUUGUUCUUAUGCUGUGAACAGCUACUUCCAGAGGAAAAAUCAAGGACAAGGAACAUGUGAUUUUUCAGGCACAUCCAUGGUUACUACAACCGAUCCAAGCACUGCUAAUGGUUGUAUUUAUCCUCCAAACCCAAGCUCUGCAGGAACUAUUACAACUCCAACAGGCACAACGCCCUCCUCAACUACAACAACUACAACUCCAUCAACAACAACAACGCCUUCAUCAACUCUAACACCCACAACUGGAGUAAUAGGAGGGAUUGGCUCAGGUCUAGGCCCCUCUGGCAUCAACACAGACACCAGUGGUGCUGUUGCACUCAUCAAGAACUUCUCCCUUCUUUUAGCCGUUUGGUUUUCAGGCUUGCUUUUCUUGUGGGCUUGAGGCAGCAAAGCAAAGGAAGGAAGGUGGCUGAGGUGGUGCUGGACUGGUGGUGGUAGUGGUAAUGUGUAAUGGUGGAUGUGGGUAGGGUUUGGAAUUGAGGGAGAUGAUGAAGGUUGAUGUGUGGACAAGAUUUUGCCACCAUUUGCUGAUAGGCAGGCAAUGUGGUUUGUAGGGGAUGGGGGGGGGGGGGGGGAAUCAUCUAUAGUGUACAAUUUCCCACUAUGUUUUGUUGUUUUUUCCCAUUAGUGGAAAACAGGUAAAGCCUGGAUGGAUGGGUUUUGUAUUCCUUUUGAGUGGUUAUGUAGCUGCUGGUGAGAUAGGGACCUAAUUCACUACUCUCUUCCACUGCUUUUUAGAUUUUUGUUCUCUCCUCUCCUUUUUGUACAUGUCUAGAGACUGAGCAGCAGUAUUUUAUUUUAUUAUUAAUUUAAUGAGGAAUUUUGGUACCA